UUUCACAUUUCUGGUACAACUUUCAUCAGCAAUACACUGAACAAGCUGCUUUCUCUCUGUGCCUGAUGGUGCGAGACUUGUUUCAGUGUCCUCUCUUGUGACUGCCUUUUGCUUCCUCCUGUUUUCAGUGCAGGGGGUUCAGGCUUCAGCUAUUUUCUGUCUCAGGCUGGUUUUUCUCUGGGUAGCAUUUCAACCAUCUUAAAAAGGUAAGAUCCUCUCUGCAUGAAUGCCGUAGGAGUAUCCUGGUGAUCAGUCAUGUCGGGUACGCAGUGUGUAUUACAGUCCUUUAAAAAAUCUUCCCAAAUACAUUGAUGCGUGUCUUUCAAAACUACAACUUGCACCUAGUCUGUAAAGAUCUGCAACAGCUCACAGAAUCAAGUCCUAUGUUUUCAGUUCAGUGAGUACCUCGUGACUGCAUGCAUGUCUUCCUGUAGGACAGCUUUUGAGAUGAACUGGAAAACGUGGAUCUUGUUUAGUGACUGCAGAGAUUUCAGGCCAGGGCUGGUGUGUUUUCCUAAAAAUGGCCACUUUCAACUGCUUUUUAACUAGAGGUGUGGGAUUUGAGGAUGAUGAAGGAAGACUUUCUCUUCCAGGUUCUUGCGGACAAGUUCCUGGCACACAGAAGGUUGAAGUAGCUUAGGGAGAGAAGCUGGCGUGACUUGGAGUGGAAGAAGGGUAAAGACAUUUGCUGGAAGCUGGGAAGAGACCAUCAUAUAAGGCAGUUAGCAGAAAGGAGAGGAAGCAGAGUGAAUAAAGGAGCUGAGGAUACUUGAAUGCUGAAGAAAGGGCUGCUUCCGUGCUUGCUUAAGCCAGUCCUGUAGCUCUUGCAUGGUCUCCCAUUUGUGGUUUAUGAGCAAAGUGCUUUCUAGUAUGUGAUCCUGAACUUCUUGCUGGCACUGGAGUUGUUGAUAGACUGAAAGCUCUGCUGUUGUUAUGGGUGACCAUGAGUGAAUCGACAACUUCAUUUUAAUUUUGGGAACAAAAAGGCAGACAAUGUUACUAGCUCAGAUAAACCGAGACUCUCAGGGAAUGACUGAAUUUUCUGGAGGAGGAAUGGAGGCCCAGCAUGUGACUCUCUGUCUGACAGAAGCUGUAGCCGUGCAAGAUGGUGACAACAUAGAAAACAUGGAAGGUGUAAGUUUGCAAGCAGUUACCCUUGCUGAUGGCUCCACUGCAUACAUACAGCACAAUUCUAAAGAUGGUAAAUUAAUGGAUGGCCAAGUGAUUCAACUAGAAGAUGGUUCUGCAGCCUAUGUUCAACAUGUACCCAUGACUAAAAGUAGGGACAGCUUGCGUUUGGAAGAUGGACAAGCAGUUCAGCUGGAGGAUGGAACUACAGCAUUCAUUCAUCACACCUCCAAAGACAGUUAUGAUCAGAGUGCGUUACAAGCAGUCCAGCUGGAGGAUGGAACUACUGCCUACAUUCACCACGCAGUGCAAAUGCCACAGUCAGAUACCAUUUUAGCCAUUCAAGCUGAUGGCACAGUGGCUGGUCUUCACACAGGAGAUGCUGCCAUUGACCCAGAUACCAUCACUGCUUUGGAGCAAUAUGCAGCUAAGGUGUCUAUUGAUGGAAAUGACAGUGUUAGUAGCACGGGAAUGAUAGGCGAAAAUGAACAAGAAAAAAAAAUGCAGAUUGUCUUGCAGGGACAUGGAACAAGAGUGGCUGCAAAAUCUCAGCAGAGUGGAGAGAAAGCAUUUCGCUGUGAUUAUGAUGGCUGUGGAAAACUGUACACAACAGCUCACCAUCUUAAGGUACACGAAAGGUCACAUACGGGAGACAGACCAUAUCAGUGUGAACAUCCUGGAUGUGGUAAAGCUUUUGCAACAGGGUAUGGAUUAAAAAGUCAUAUCCGAACGCACACUGGUGAAAAGCCGUACCGGUGCACAGAAGAAAACUGCACCAAAUCAUUCAAGACUUCAGGAGACCUACAGAAACACAUCCGAACUCACACAGGCGAAAGGCCCUUUAAGUGUCCUUUUGAAGGAUGUGGCAGGUCAUUCACAACAUCUAAUAUUAGAAAGGUUCACAUCAGGACACAUACAGGUGAAAGACCUUAUUACUGCACAGAGCCAGGAUGUGGGAGAGCUUUUGCCAGUGCAACUAACUAUAAGAAUCAUGUGAGAAUACACACAGGGGAGAAGCCCUAUGUCUGUACAGUUCCUGGUUGUGAUAAACGUUUUACAGAGUAUUCCAGUUUAUACAAACAUCAUGUUGUACAUACUCAUUCCAAACCAUAUAAUUGUAAUCACUGUGGAAAGACAUACAAGCAGAUUUCUACACUUGCUAUGCACAAGCGGACAGCACAUAAUGACACAGAGCCCAUUGAAGAGGAACAAGAGGCUUUUUUUGAGCCACCUCCAGGUCAAGGGGAAGAUGUUCUGAAAGGCUCGCAAAUAGCCUAUGUGACAGGUGUAGAGGGAGAGGACGUAAUUUCUGCACAAGUUGCUACAGUUACUCAGUCAGGGUUAGGUCAACAAGUAGCGCUAAUUUCCCAGGAUGGAACCCAACACGUCAACAUAUCUCAGGCAGAUAUGCAGGCCAUUGGAAAUACAAUCACUAUGGUAACACAAGAUGGCACCACUAUCACAGUCCCUGCCCACGACGCCGUCAUCUCUUCUGCAGGAACACAUUCUGUAGCAAUGGUUACUGCAGAAGGCACCGAAGGACAGCAGGUUGCCAUCGUGGCUCAAGACUUAGCAGCAUUUCAUAGCACCUCAUCAGAAAUUGGACAUCAACAACACGGGCACCAUUUAGUGACCACAGAAGCUAGACCCGUUACAUUGUUGGCUACAUCCAACGGAACACAAAUUGCAGUACAGCUUGGAGAACAACAGUCUCUGGAAGAAGCCAUUAGAAUAGCCUCCAGAAUACAACAGGGUGAAACACCAGGAAUUGAUGAUUAACUUCUAAAACUGCUACCAGAACAAUAGAGUGAAAGGUAUUUUAUUUUCAAACAACAAAAGUCCAUGCCAGCAGCAAUCCACAAAAACUUUGAAGUUCCCCUCUCAUUGAUAUGUGUACACAUUUUAUGCAAGAGCAAAGAACGUUUUCUAAGUGUUGUGUACAUAACCCUGGGAAUGGACUGACAUCAUCUACUUCCAACUGUUGUAUAUUCAGGAAUAUGGAAUUAGGAUUAUAUAGUAAAUUUCCUUGUUAUCCUUUCAUCAGAUUUCAGACUGGUCUACAAGCAAGUUAAAAACAAAACAGAAGUAUUGGAGUUAAUUUUUAGUGUCAUGUACAAAUAAUGAAGGCAUUACUGAAGAUUUGAAGUGUUGUAAAGACUAUAACAAAAUCAUAAUUUCAAGAACCCUUUCAAGUUAUAAAGAAGACAGAGCCUUUUCAGUUGUUUUCCAUAAAUGGAAAAGACAUGGAUUUUGAGCCUACUGUAAACUUUCAUACUUUGAUUUAUUUCAUACAGAUUUGAAUACUCUUUAGAUUACCCACCCCAUCUCAUUCAUUGUAAAUACAGAUUGUUAAUGCUGGAAGUGCUAAUUGUAUUAUCUUUAAAUUGGAUUGUGUACAAAGGAGAAACUUUGGUUGUUCAAUAUUAAAAGAAGUAAAUCUAAUGAUUUCGUUUCUUUACAUAUUUUACUUAAGAUGUUGCUCUGAAAUAAUUAUGCAAUAAAAGAUAACAAGAUUGUA